CCGGAGCUCCCGGUGCGCGGUGCGAAGAGUUGAGAGACAAGUGUGAGAAGAAAGAGCAAAGUAGAAACAGAAAGAAGGAGAGCAGUGGACCGUGCCGCCCACUGUUCUAAUGGACCAUAAGGAUAUUUAACCAUUUGCCCUGGAAGCGCACAGACACCGCAGUCCAUGCCUCUGCCUUGCCAGGUCAUUGAUGGGAAAUCAACUGGAUCGGAUCACCCACCUCAACUACAGCGAGCUGCCCACGGGGGAUCCGUCCGGGCUGGAGAAGGACGAGCUUCGGGUUGGCGUCGCCUACUUCUUCUCUGACGAAGAGGAGGAGGUGGACGACCGCACUCCGUCCGACUGCGGCUUCACCAAGGACCACAGCCCGGCCGAGGAGGGACCCUUCUCGGUCAGCGAGGUGGAGUACUCAGCAUUCUGCGCACAGGAAUGCAUCUUCUCCAAGCUCCGGGAGAACGAGGACUUGAAUGUGUACUCUGCCAAAACUUUGCUGACUACGUGCAAACCGGGGGACCUGCUGGAGCUGGUGUGCACCGCACAAGCCCCCCACUGGGCCAUUUACGAGCAUGACGACCAGGUCAUUCAUCUGCACAAGGGCGAGAUCCGCAAGGACAGCCUGCUUGAGAUCAGCAACGGUCGCCACGGGAGGAUAGUCAACAAUCGGUACCGGUAUCGGCCGCUACCCCCUGACCUGGUGAUGCAGAACGCAGUAGGACACCUGGGUCUGAGCAGCGAGGAGAUAUGCUGGACCAACUCGGAAAGUUUCGCAGCCUGGUGCCGCUUUGGGAAACGGGAGUUCAAAGCCGGGGGAGAGGCGCACUCAGCGGAGCAGCAGUAUUUCCUCAAAGUGCAUCUGUCCGGCAGCGGGGUGCACACUCUGGUCUUUCGCAGCCUGGAGGACAUGAUUCGGGAGAGGAGGCGAGUGGACGCCAGUGGAAUUCUCAAAGAGCUGUCUUUGGUUAACGGGGGCAAGGAGUGAUCAGGGAUUCCGUUUGAUAUCCUCUCCCCCAUCCCUCUCUCUCUGCCCCCCCUGCCUCCUCUUGCCAACGCGCACGGACGCACAUUUUUGCGCACAGACGCGCACACACAAACGUACUCGCACACACACACACACAAGCACUCAGACGCACACAUGCAAGGACCUGUUGGUUUUGGACUGUCUGCAUGUCACGGAUGGACCCCGGGCUGCGUCUGGACCACGGGUGCACAGUGGAAUUUCCAUCAAAUUGCAGAAUGUUGAAAACUGAGAGAUAGCGGCCAUAAAAACAGACAACGCCCCUGAAAUUCGUGUUGAGUGGAACACACGAUUUCGACUAAACCCAUUGCCCCGAACAGCGAAAUCACCUUUAAUACCCCCACAUUGCGCACAGGCUCGGUUUGGUUUUCUGUUUAAUUUCUCGGGAUAAUGGAUUUGGCCCCUUCUCU